AUACACACACGCCGCUGUAAAGCUGACAUGUCUGUAAGGUGCUUAACCCUUCUGCUAAGCCUGUAUCUGUCCUUUCAAAAAGCAUGGACAGACACUUCUCUCGACGUGACCUCUGGUCUGCAGUACAGCUUUAAAGAUCCAGACUCAGUUACUGUUAUAUGCGAGUAUAAUUGGGAGAAAGGCUGGGAAGUUGCUGUAAAGCUCAAAGCUAACAACAAUGUAGUUUGUGAGACAUCUCAAAAAAGAAGAGACUGGUCUCAAGAAGGCAACCAGACCAAGUUCCACCUGAAAAAUUUUACUUCUGACCAGAAAAAACUCUCCUACACAUGUGAGGUUUUUCGACAUGACCCUCUUCCAGUACUCAAGGGAGAAGGGCAUGCAUUCAGGUUGUUUCCAGAAUCGCACAUUCUUCCCAAUAUUCCGUGUAACAGCACGGAGACUACCAUUGUCAUCCCCCCUCCUGAGAUUCCCUGCCGUCCCAACACUCUCAUCUGGGCCUGGGCUCUGAUCGGUCUGAUGCUCCUUUUGUGUCUCUACAGCCUGAUUAUCACCAUUCUCUACAUUACGCUGAAGAUUAAAUGGUCUCAAGAGUUGAACGACACAUUAACUUAUGUUCCAAUGCAGAAGCAAGUGAGACAGAAGAAUGCAGACAAGAACGCAGAAUACAUGGAUAUGCGUAAAGUGCCCCCAAUGGCAGCAACUGUCAGAGAUAUGAACCACAACUCUCAUCGGCUUCCUGCUGCCUUCAUGUGAUCCAUCUUCAUAUACUAUCAUGUGUAUGUUUACAUCAUGCAGCCUGUGAUGUAUUCACCUCAUCAAGGAGAUUCAGAAGAGCCAGUCACAUCCACACAAGCCUCACUGCUGUAAAGACACAAAAUGAAGAAGUAUAUAUAACACACUUUCAGACAUAACUGUCAAUAAAGGCAGGAAUAUAAAUAACAAAAAAUAGGUAGUGUUUUGAUUAUCCUAUUACAAGGGCGCAUUUACAUUGGGGUGGGGUGGGAUAUACAUUAUUUUGCAGCGCAGGAACAUUCUUUUCUUGCAGUUGAUAUGUUGGAGGCAAGUGCAAGUAUUAGAGUAAGUGGGACCUACAAUCUAUUAGGCAGGUGGCUUUAAUGUAAUGGCUGAUGGUGCAUAUUGCUAUACUUUAUUGUUGUAAUUGUAUUACUGUAUUUCCUAUGCUAAUAUUUUAUAGUGGCUUGGGCAUCAUAAUGCUAAACUUUAAAUUUAUAUAUAUAUACUGGCAAAUACACAUUCAAUAUAUGUUAUAUUUUCUUGACAAAUAAAACAUAAUGAACAAACUG